CUUCCUCUGCCCUGGCAGAGGAAAUAGUUUAUCUUUCUCUCAAUAUGAUUCAUAUCAUUCUCUGAAAAAGGGAAGGGACAGACUGACCUAAGGGAUGGCCUGUUGUCCACCCCGUAGUUCAGUAUUUUAAGCAUCAAUUUCCAUUGGAGUACUUAGUGACCUAGCCCAACACCUUUGCAUAUAGUAAUAGUUCCAUAAAUGUUCCUUCACUGGUAAGUAGACCACGCCUACAAAUUAACUUCUUUGUUUUAUUUCCUAAUUUCAUUUGGCUCGGCCAUCUUUCCCCUAUCCCCUAUCCCCUCUCUGUUCUUAGACCCAUAUUUCUUUGUUUUUGCUUACCUACUUUUCAAUGAUGUUAUGACCCAGACUUUUCCAUGCUUCUUCCUGGGAAGAAGUUAUCUUUUCCCUGAGAUAUAAUGAGCCAUCCCAUAUCUGGAAAUGAAGCAAUCAAGGAGACCUUUGUUGGAGUGGAAAUUUAUGUUCUGCUUGAAGUGCAACAGACUCCUGAUCUGGACCCUUUCUUCUUCCUUCUAGCAGCAGCCCUGAUAGUUUUACUACCUGAUUGCCUAAUCCUAAUGGCCCCAGAUUUCUCUCCUCAGAUUUUUGUCUUUCCUCACAUGGUGCAUCUCUUUCUCUUUCUCUGUAGGUUACAAUCAUUUGGCCGUGGCCCCCACCAAAAUGCCACCAGACCCAGCAGUAGCACCUGGUUGUCCCCUGUGGGCCACAGAGCCUGGAGGCUCCCAAGCUGCUAGUUUAAGCUUCCAGUCUUUCACCACCAUUCCCGAGGUGCUGUACACAGAAGAUAUGCAUCUUUCUGGAUCUGACAAGUUCAACUUCACCAAAAGAACCCUGCAGCAACCUUUGAAGAAUGGCUCAGCAAGUGAAGUGAGUUGCCUGUGCACACACAAAAGAAACCACAGAAGCUCAUUCAGAGACCAAGAGAAGGUUUACUGGGAUGCAAAAAGAGCAUUUCACUAAGCUGGGCUUUUCCUCCUCCCUUGAAAGAGACAGUCUACUCAAUGAUGAGGAGCACAACAGAGUCCCUAGCCUUUUCCUCUAUCCCCAUGCUACUUUCCCCUCCUCCUGCUAAAUUUCCAUUCUGAUUCUGACCUUAAUGUUCUCUCAAAGAAUCAUUAUUUCUCAAUACCCUUUUAUUACACCAAACACAGAAAAUAAACCCUGCCCCUAUCUA